AUGAACUUACUCAAUAUUUAAAUGAGGCCAUUUUAUCUAUAGACGUUGAUUCUUUGAACUGGUGGAAACUAAAUCAUACCCGUUUUUCAUAUUUGUCUCAAAUGGCCAAGGAUUACUUAGCUAUUCAGUCGACAUCAGUACCCUCCAAGCAAGUAUUCUCCAAAACAGGUGAUAUAGUUAGAGUCAAACAUGCACGCCUAUCCGAAAAGAGACUGCAAGCUCUUAUGUGUGUUAAUUCUUGGAUAAAACAUGGAAUUAAGUUUC